AUGAAUACACGUACUGAUUGUUCACCAAGAAUUAUAAAAAGGAUAAGCAGCAAACAAAAUACAGACGAUGCCUCAAAAUAUGAAUUUUACCGACACAUUAACCAUCUCUCUAUUAUAAGACUAGAUAAUGAAGCAGAUAAACUGAACUAUUCAUCGUGGUUAACUCGAUUGGAUAAUGAAACUUCAGAUUUAAAGAUGCAUCUUAUCAAAAUCUUAUUUAUAUCGUUGAGAAGUGAUAAAUCUUUUCAAAUCUUUUUAAAACCACCACCCGAUGAUCUUAAUGAUUUAGAGUUGAUGUCUGAUAAUACGAUGGAUAUGGUUAAAUGGUUACAAGAUAAUAAUAUACCUGAUGAAUCGUCAACCACCGAAAAUAAACAAGAUAUUAAACACAGACGUUCAGCAGCUGUAGCUACAAACAUGCGUUCUUACACAACAAUUAAAACUUCACCAUACUUUGUACAAUCAUUCUAUGUAAGGUCGGAUUGGCCAAUUUAUACGUGGUAUAAUCCAACUUCUAUUGGUUUGCCGAGUAACCAUGAUCAUAACCAAUGGGAGCUAUAUCUAAAUCGUUUUCAAAUUGUAACCGACGAUAAAAGUGCCAUCAUUAAACACAGAAACGAAUGUGAUGAUAUUAUUCCAAUUGACCAAGUAUCAAAAGAAGUUGCGGACAGUUUUAAUUGGCAUCCUUAUAGUAUACUGAUUAAUGAAGAAACUAGACCCAAACGAACGGCAGGUUCCAUUGCAAUUGAUACAGAUGUAGGAAACCAAAUAUGUAACCAACAGCAAAUUGACGAUGCUGCAUUUGCAAUAGUGUCUUGUAAAGUAUUCCCUGGUAAUAAGGUAUUAAGCAAGAGAAUGUAUUCUGAUACACUCAUUCCGGACAAAAAGUUUAUUUUUAAAAUGACGGGUGUAACAAUAGUUGAUUAUUCCGGUCUUAAGUUAAAAAAUGACGAAACGCUACCAUUUAUUUGCAAAUUAAAAGAAAGAAAACGGGCUGUCAAAAACCGCUGUGGAGUUAAAGAAAAAACACCGUGUCCGUGUGAGAAACCAAUGAUGGUCAUGGAUUGCAGAAAACCAAAGUCGCCAUGUUCAACAACAGUACCACAAAAUACAAAUCAAAUUAAUCAGACUAAGCCAUCAAAUACUAUUUCAAUUAUAAAUCAAAGCACAUGUAAUAUUAAAACUGAAAUGGAAAGCGAUUCCAAAUUUAGUAACCUGAACAUGACGUAUCAGGAAUGUAAGUCCAGCUCUAAAUGUCUGAAGAGAAGCGUAAAGAAAACUAAGUCAGUCGAAAGCUGUAAAUUUCCCAAGGAAGCCGACUUAGACGUUGACGAUAACAACGAAUCGCAAGACCACACAAAUUGUCCGAAGGUAUUCAACGCGGGUAGAUCGUCGUUCAACGAAAGUUUGAAUUGCGAUUGGACCGUGUCCAGUGUGGAGAUAUCGAUGACAGAACCCGAUCGGGCCUGCAACAGUACGCCAGAGGUCGCGAAGGCGCCAAACUGCACGUUAAUCCCACCGGAUCAGGUCGCGCACGUCGAGCCAGAAAACCAAAGCACACGGAACUGCAGCAGUGUGCAGAAUACUACACCGCCGGCGGCCCCGAAGACACCAAACUGCAACACCAAUAUCUGCACGUUGAUCCCAGCGGAUAAAGUCGAGAACGUAGAGCCGGAAGACCAAAGCGCACGGAACUGCAGCAGUGUGCAGAAGACAACACCGGCCGCCGAGAAGGCGCCAAACUGCAGCGCCGACAUCUGCGCGUCGUUCUUGUCGAAUCCAGUCGAGCGUGUUGAACCGGUAAACCAAAGCGCGCGGAAUUGCAGCAGUGUGCAGAAGACGGCGCCGGCGGCCGCGAAGACGCCAAACUGCAACACCAACAUCUGCGCGUCGAUAGUGUCGGAUCAGGUCGAGCGCGUUGAACCAGAAGACCAAAGAGCACGGAACUGCAGCAGCGUGCAGAAGACGGCGCCAGCGGCCAAGCCUCAGCGCCAGUGCCCGAGAACCACGGAAUGCGUCCGAGAACCUCCACCGCAAGAACAAUGCCGUCAACGGUCCCUCGGAAUUCGAGACGGCACUAGGUCAGAACCGACGGAGAAUGGGAACUGCAGCGGCGGUUGUCGGCGAACGAGCGCGCCCGAGCCGCGCGACAGGUGUGCAAAUGCACGUGGUCCGACGUCCGACGACGGGCGGAAGGUAGGACAGUGCCCAGGCCAAGACCAAAACCGCUCGUGUCCGUCAGCAUUUGCGGAACAUCGGCCCAAGACGCCGACGGAUAACGGUAGACGUGCGGACGCGAUCUUCAGCGGCGAUCGUCAACGAGCGUCGCCGGGGCAGAGGAUGAGCGCCCCCCAGCCGCGUGACAGGUGUGCAGCAAGUGCACGUGGUCCGACGUCCGACGACGGGCGGAGGGUAGGACAGUGCCCAGGCAAAGACCAAAACCGCUCGUGUCAGGCAGCAUUUUCGGAAUAUCGGACCAAGACGCCUAGGGAGCCCGACAAUUCGGCGGUGUCGUGUUCGGACAGGAGGGCCAGCCAACAGCAGCAACAGCAACAACAGUACGAUCAUGAAGGGUCCAGAAGUAAUGACAGAUCCAAUACAGCCGCUCCCGACGACUCCUGGAAUCCGGAAGUGAGUAGCUAUGCCGCGUUCUCGAACAGUCACGUGACGGAGGACCGGUUUCACUUUCUGACGUCCGAGAGGAUGGUCGACGACCGUUCGGCAGCGACGCGCUUGAUGCCGGCCAACGAUUUCCACAGCGCCGCCGCCGCAGCCGCCGCCAACGACGACAAUUACCUGUCGGACGAAAGCAACUGGUCUGCCGAACAGGGAUGUCAGUCGUGCGCCCAACCGAUAAACCGAUUCAACGACGACCACAACAACAACAACAACAACUACUACUCCUCGAGCUCGCUAUCGACGUUGACCUCGUCCGACAGUUCGAUUGAUAUGCGGAUGGCGGCCCGUCAUCCUAUCGGCCGCAAUGUGAACUGCGAUCGUCGGACGGACCGUCUGAUGUCGACGAACAGCAGCGGUCGAUAUCCGUUCAACAGCAGCUUGUCGCCGAACCUCAGCAACGUCGCCCUGAGGCGCGCCACCUUCGUGGUCGCCGACGAAUGGCCACCCGCCCACGAUCUCGUCGAGGACGUGAGCAUGCCGGGAUCUUUGGUCACCGGACCGUGGUCGUUGUCAAUGAGCGAUUCGAGGACCGACCGUUAUCGGGAUUCCAGUGACGUUGGAGCCGCGGAUCAGUACAACAAUAAUUUUUGUUCAGGGGGCGGUAACGCGACCGGGCAGGACGACUACGGCGGAUCCGAAACCGACGACGACGAGGCAGGCGUGGCUUCCGGGAGCCGUAGAGAUUAUUGA